CUGUCUUUUUCUUGUAAUGAUGGCGGCGCCUGCUCUGACCAGCCGGGCGGGAUCCGUGAGCAGCCUGGGAAGCAGCCCUACUGCAACGCCUUCCAUAAAUAAUAACAACAAAAUAACUCCAACCUACCCUGAGCUCGAUUUUAGAUCCGGGGCCACUAUCGAGGAUUUAAACAAAUUGAUUCAGGAAUUUAGUAAACACGAUCAGCGUGAAUAUGACGACCAGCGAGCUCUGGAGAUCCAUACCGCCAAGGAUUUCAUUUUCUCCAUGCUCGGUAUGGUGCAAAAACUGGACCAGAAGCUCCCUGUUGCUAACGAGUACCUUCUGUUGUCUGGUGGGGUACGGGAGGGAGUGGUAGACAUGGACCUCGAUGACUUGAGUGUCUACGCCCGUGGAACAGACUACGACAUGGACUUCACCCUGCUGGUACCUGCACUCAAACUUCAUGACCGCAAUCAGCCUGUUACUCUGGAUAUGCGCCACUCUGCACUGUGCCAUUCCUGGCUCAGUCUGCGCCUCUUUGAUGAGGGAACCAUCAACAAGUGGAAGGACUGUUGCACCAUUGUGGACCACAUCAAUGGAGCCACAAAUUACUUCUUCUCACCCACGCUGGUGGCAGACUGGUUCUACGAGUCCAUCAGUAUGGUACUGGUGGAGAUCCAGAAGAAACCCCAGCGUGGUAUGCCAAAAGUGGAGAAGGUGGAGAGGAAUGGCACCAUCAUAUCAGUCAUUCUUGGUGUGGGCAGCAGUCGCAUGCUGUAUGACAUUGUGCCUGUGGUGUCUUUUAAGGGCUGGCCAGCCGUGGCACAGAGCUGGCUGAUGGAGAACCAUUUCUGGGAUGGAAAGAUAACAGAGGAGGAGGUCAUUAGUGGCUUCUACCUAGUGCCUGCCUGCUCCUUCAAAGGCCGUAAGGAAAAUGAGUGGCGCCUCUCUUUUGCCCGCAGUGAGGUGCAAUUGAAGAAAUGCAUCUCUGCCAGUCUGAUGCAAGCCUACCAGGCCUGCAAGGCCAUCAUCAUCAAGCUCCUGUCCAGGCCAAAGGCCAUUAAUCCCUACCACCUGCGCAGCAUAAUGCUAUGGGCCUGUGACCGACUCCCAGCCAACUACCUGGCCCAGGAUGACUUCUCAGCCCACUUCCUGCUUGGCCUUAUUGAUGAUCUACAGCACUGCUUGGUUAACAAGAUGUGCCCCAAUUACUUUAUCCCACAGUGUAAUAUGUUGGAGCACUUGUCGGAUGAGACAGCGACGCUGCAUGCCCGUAAGAUCUCUUCUGUGCGCUCUGACCCUGCAGAACACCUGCGUACCACCAUUGAGCAUGCCAAAGCUGCCAACUGUCUGACCCUGGACUUGCAGUGGCGCAGUAGUGCCUCAAACCUUCCCUCUCCCCAAUCGGACGCAGGUGGGGAACACCAGCCAGAUGAUCGGCUAGCUAAGAAGCUGCAACAGCUGGUAACAGAAAACCCUGGGAAGUCCAUCUCUGUCUUCAUUAAUCCUGAUGAUGUCACCCGGCCUCACUUUCGCAUUGAUGACAAAUUCUUCUGAGUUUCAAAAUAUUGUCCUUACCGCACCUUCUCUUUGAAUUAAUAAGCCUACUUGGUUUUAUAUUUCCCACACUGGCCAAACAGCAUUUAGUGGUGUGUCUGCAGAUUUUGUUAUCCCCUGACCACCCCUAUCCCACCCUUUGUGCUCUUUGUCACCUUAAGAAGGCCUUUAAUGGAAGCCGGGGCAAAAAGGCAUUGCCUCCGACUGAAGAUUAAGGAAUGUCUAAAUUUUCUUUUAGAGGUAAUUAUGGUACUUACACCAUAUAACUAACAGUAAGAGGUAGAAUUAACUAGGGACUGGAUUUUUGAAAAUGAAUGGAGAAAAACACAUGGAAUUUUUAUCAUGAAAAGUAUCCUUUCAAGUGAAAAGUGGAAAUUGUUUUAGAAAGACCAAAUGCCAUUUGUCACCUUUUUAUCAACGAGUUAAAUAUAUAAAUCUUGUUUUAGUUAGUAUUAUAAUGUUGUAUCCACAAUUCCUUAUUUAUAUGUUGAUGACAAGAGAAAAUUCAAUUUUAUUUGUACAGUCAUGGUUAUUGUUAUGUGUAUGGUAAAACCGUCCCAGAAAUAUCCCGAAUAUCUAUGCCAAAAACCUGCAAAAAAACAGACUGGCAAAGUGAUUUUCUCUCCUCAAGUGCAAUUAGUGAAAAUACUCAUACACAUCUCUCUGUGAAAUGUUAAUGUAAUUGUGUAGUUGGUAUAAUCCCAAAACUUUGUUUGUUUAACCUUUUUAUGGAACUGUCAAACAAUUGACUGUUCAAUCAGUAUUUGCUGCUCUAUGUUAUAAAAAGGUUUUAUGACUGAUUAGGUAUGCAAAUUAGUCAACAUAGGUUGCGAUGGUCUGAUGUAUUUGCUGUGUAGACAGAACUGAAAAAUUUUAGAAGAAUCAGUCUGGUCAUUUAUUUGGACCAAUUGGUCAGCACCCAUAUCUUCACCAUCCACCAUGAACCCCUAUGUCAGUUUCCUGUUUGGUCAACUCUGUUAAUGACAUCGGAAUAGGACCAAACUGGCAGCAGCAGCAUCGGCAGGGAAUAAAAACACACUGCCUUAUCACCAAUUUGGUUGUAAUACCAGUUGUAAAGGAAAUACAUUUAUCAACAAUCCAGAUAACAAAAUUUAAUCUGAACACAUUGUUAGCAACAAUCUGUCACUUGGCACCUAUCAAUGAAAUCGUGCAUACACAAUUUAUGUGAUGAAUAAAAUGUAUUGUAUCCCACGCUGCUUUUCCCUUUUUGUUUCCAAAUGGUUUUUAAUUUCCUGUAACGAGUAAGCAAGAAAAAUAUUGCCAAAGUAUUAUUAUUUAAUCCACCGAUGACAUCUUAUCUUAUACCAAUCUUCAAUCAUGCCCUUCUUGUCCAACCCAGUCUGUAGAAGGUUACUUUUUUUAUAUGGACUUUCAAUAUGCCAUGAAGAAUUCACAUGUCCGUAUUGCAAGUUC